UUGGGCCUCCCUAUUUGACACACUCAACUGGGGGCAACAGAACAAAUUCCAAGACAAAAGUUUCAAGAGCGAUGAUUCAGAGGCUCGCAGAGGACAUUUAUGGCCCAUCAAGGAGGAACGUUCUGGGAGCUCUGGCCUUAGGUGUCAUGCCCAUUUGGGGCCAGCCAACAUUUGCCCUUGGGGAAGACUUAAGGAAACACCAGGGCUCUUCAUCUGGGAUCCCUCCCUCUGUUGCUGGGAGUGUGGGGGAGGACAAGAACCCCCAGAGCUUGUAUGGAAAUUGCUGUGUGAGUGCUGAGUCCCUCCACACCCCUGACAGUCCAUUCCUAUGAAUGACCCAUACAGUUUAAUACAACUUGAAAGGCAUCUCGUCCCUCCCUGCUCCAUCUCUGACCCCACCUCCAAACUUGACCUAGUAUGUCAGUACCUUGGGAGGGGAGGGGCAAUCUUACAUGGGGGCUCAUACCCCCAGCAGAGCAGUUAGCCUGCCUUGAGGGGCGGUUUUGCACCUGUCCCCCUCACUAGAGAGUGAAUUCCCAAAGUGUGGUCCCUCCCAGGGGGACCAGCACAGGGCCCGGCUCUCAUGGACCUGGGAGGUUAGCUGGAUGUCUGAAUGAAGGCUGGUGACAGUUCGCAGAGCUGCCAGGCCAAGGCUCCAGAGAGAGGAAAGGAUAGGUGGGGACACUUCUGCGGGUCCCGAGAUGGGGAGGGUCCCCGAGGCCUGAGUUCGUGGCUUGGCUCUGCCAUCAGGGGUCCCGCUCACCUCCAGCCGGUUCUGGGGCAUCUCGCCUCCAGUUCCCGUCCGGCUUGGGGGCGGUGUCGCAGACGGCGCGGGGCAGGGGCGUCGGAGCGCUCCGACCCGCACCCUCUGGACCUCGCAUCCCCUCCGACGCUCCCUCCCUGCGGCCUUCCUUCCAAGGCGCGGGCCCCGGCCCGGGACACAGCCCGCAGUUCCCACUCCGGGAAGUGCCAGGCGCGCGCGGCGCCGGGACUGCUCGGCUCCCCCCGCAGCCCCUCCGUCCACGCCCGGCUCCUCCUCCUCUUCCUCCUCCUUCCCCGGGGGUGGGGGGAGCCGGCUCCGGAAGCCCCAGCACCCCCGCCCCGGCCGCCACUGGCGCUUUGGAGAAGGCGGUCCGCGCGCGGGAGCGCGCCACGCGGGACCUGAGCUCCCAGCCGCCGCCACCGCCUCGGAACCCCCAGACCAUCCCUGAGCCCACACCGACCCCUGAGCCACUGCCCGUCCCGGAGCCCUCAGCGCCCCACCCCGGAGUCCCCUACCCACCCCGGAGCACCCCCCCCCACCCCUCCCCGGAGCCCCCGCCCGCCCCUCCCCGGAGGGCCCCCCUCCGCCCCUCCCCGGAGGGCCCCCCCCGCCCCCCGUGCGGGCCGCGACCAUGGCGGUCCUGCGCGGGGCGCCCUUGCUCGGCUGCCUCCUGGCGCUGCUGGCACUGUGCCCCGGGGGGCGCCCGCAGACUGUGCUGACCGACGACGAGAUCGAGGAGUUCCUCGAGGGCUUCCUGUCAGAGCUGGAGUCCGAGCCCCGGGAGGACGACGUGGAGGCCCCACCACCCCCUGAACCCACCCUUCCCGUCCGCAAAGCCCAGACAGGGGGCAAGCCGGGGGUGCGUCCGGGGGUGGCCUCAGAGGCACCUCCAGGAAAAGCCAAAGACAAAGGGAAGAAAGGAAAGAAGGACAAAGGCCCCAAGGCGACCAAGCAGCCCCCGGAGGCAUCCUCCAGGCCACCCAAGAAGCCCAAGGAGAAGCCGCCCAAGGAGAAGCCACCCAAGGCCACCAAGAAGCCCAAAGAGAAGCCACCCAAGGCCACCAAGAAGCCCAAGGAGAAGCCACCCAAGGCCACCAAGAAACCCAAGGAGAAGCCACCCAAGGCCACCAAGAAGCCUCUGGCUGGGAAGAAGGCCCCCAUCCCAACCCCCUCCGAAAGCCCGAAGUGGCCACUGCCCCCACUCACCAGCCCCAGCCUCGAGGAGCUGCCCCAGGAGGGAGACGGGCCCCUCCCAGACCCCUGGCAGGGUCCAGCAGGAGAGACCGACGUGGAGCGCCAGCCUGAGCCGGAGGAGGAGACGGAGCAGCCCACGCUGGACUACAACGACCAGAUAGAGCGGGAGGACUACGAGGACUUUGAGUACAUCCGGCGCCAGAAGCAGCCCAGGCCGCCCCCCAGCAGGAGAAGGCCGGAAAAGCUCUGGCCUGAGCGCCCUGAGGAGAAGGCUGAGCCGCCCGGGCCGGGGUUCGAGGCCCCGGAGGAGAGGAUCGAGCCGCCUCCGAAGCCGCUGCCACCCAACUAUGGGGAAGGCUACGUGAUCCCCGACUACGACGACAUGGACUAUUACUUCCGGCCUCCCAGGCCCCAGAAGCCUGACCCUGGCCUGGAAACAGAUGAGGAGAAGGAGGAGCUGAAGAAACCCAAAAAGGAGGGCAGCAGGCCCAAGGAGGAGGAGACGGAUGACAAGUGGACUGUGGAGAAGGGCAAGGACCACAGAGGGCCCCAGAAGGGUGAGGAGCUGGAGGAGGAGUGGGCUCCCGCAGAGAAAAUCAAGUGCCCCCCCAUCGGGAUGGAGUCGCACCGCAUCGAGGACAACCAGAUCCGGGCCUCCUCCAUGCUGCGCCACGGCCUGGGGGCACAGCGUGGCCGGCUCAACAUGCAGGCCGGCGACACUGAGGACGACUACUACGACGGGGCGUGGUGUGCCGAGGACGACUCUCAGACCCAGUGGAUCGAGGUGGACACCAGAAGGACCACCAAGUUCACGGGCGUCAUCACCCAGGGCCGCGACUCCAGCAUCCAUGACGACUUCGUGACCUCCUUCUUCGUGGGCUUCAGCAAUGACAGCCAGACAUGGGUGAUGUACACCAACGGCUACGAGGAAAUGACCUUCCAUGGGAACGUGGACAAGGACACACCCGUGCUCAGCGAGCUCCCAGAGCCGGUGGUGGCCCGUUUCAUCCGCAUCUACCCACUCACCUGGAACGGCAGCCUAUGCAUGCGCCUGGAGGUGCUGGGGUGCCCCGUGUCCCCUGUCCACAGCUACUACGCACAGAACGAGGUGGUGACCACCGACGACCUGGACUUCCGGCACCACAGCUACAAGGACAUGCGCCAGCUGAUGAAGGUGGUGAACGAGCAGUGCCCCACUAUCACCCGCACAUACAGCCUAGGGAAGAGCUCGCGUGGGCUCAAGAUCUACGCCAUGGAGAUCUCGGACAACCCCGGGGAUCACGAGUUGGGGGAGCCUGAGUUCCGCUACACAGCUGGUAUCCAUGGCAACGAGGUGCUAGGCCGAGAGUUGCUGCUGCUACUAAUGCAGUACCUGUGCCGCGAGUACCGAGACGGGAACCCGCGCGUGCGCAGCCUGGUGCAUGACACGCGCAUCCACCUGGUGCCCUCGCUGAACCCUGACGGCUACGAGGUGGCAGCGCAGAUGGGCUCAGAGUUUGGGAACUGGGCGCUGGGACUGUGGACCGAGGAGGGCUUUGACAUCUAUGAGGACUUCCCGGAUCUCAACUCUGUGCUCUGGGGAGCUGAGGAGAGGAAAUGGGUCCCCUACCGGGUCCCCAACAACAACCUGCCCAUCCCUGAACGCUACCUGUCUCCAGACGCCACGGUGUCCACGGAGGUCCGGGCCAUCAUUGCCUGGAUGGAGAAGAACCCCUUCGUGCUGGGAGCGAACCUGAACGGCGGUGAGCGGCUCGUGUCCUACCCCUAUGACAUGGCCCGCACGCCCAGCCAGGAGCAGCUGCUGGCCGCGGCCAUGGCAGCCGCCCGGGGAGAGGACGAGGAAGAGGCAUCUGAGGCCCAAGAGACCCCAGACCAUGCCAUCUUCCGCUGGCUGGCCAUCUCCUUCGCCUCUACCCACCUCACCAUGACCGAGCCCUACCGGGGAGGGUGCCAAGCACAGGACUACACUGGCGGCAUGGGCAUCGUCAACGGGGCCAAGUGGAAACCCCGCUCUGGGACUGUCAACGACUUCAGUUACCUGCACACCAACUGCCUGGAGCUCUCCAUCUACCUGGGCUGCGACAAGUUCCCGCACGAGAGUGAGCUGCCCCGAGAGUGGGAGAACAACAAGGAAGCUCUGCUCACCUUCAUGGAGCAGGUUCACCGCGGCAUCAAGGGGGUUGUGACGGACGAGCAGGGCAUCCCUAUCGCCAACGCCACCAUCUCCGUGAGCGGCAUUAACCAUGGAGUGAAGACAGCAAGUGGUGGCGAUUACUGGCGCAUCCUGAACCCCGGGGAGUACCGCGUGACGGCCCACGCGGAGGGCUACACCCCGAGCUCCAAGACCUGCAACGUGGAUUACGACAUCGGGGCCACCCAGUGCAACUUCAUCUUGGCUCGCUCCAACUGGAAGCGCAUCCGGGAGAUCAUGGCCAUGAACGGGAACCGGCCCAUCCCGCGCAUCGACCCGUCGCGCCCCAUGACCCCCCAGCAGCGGCGCAUGCAACGCCGCCGCCUGCAGUACCGGCUGCGCAUGCGCGAACAGAUGCGACUCCGGCGCCUGAACGCCACCACCAGCCCCUCCACCGUCCCCACGUCGCCCCCCACCCCCCCGACACUGCUCCCCACCCCCUCCUUCGCCCCCUCCGCCGCCCCGAGUUCUACCCUGGGGCCCUGGCACUUUCCACCCGAGACCACAGCUGACUGGGAGGAGUCAGAGACCGAGACCUACACGGAGGUGGUGACGGAGUUUGGGACAGAGCUGGAGCCCGAGGAGGGGGAGGAGGAGGAGAGAGAGAUGGUCACGGGCCAGGAGAUCCCCUUCACCACAGUUGAGACCUACACAGUGAACUUUGGGGACUUCUGAGAACAGGUCUGCCAACGCGCGAGCUUGCACCAGUAGUCACAUUGCCUUGGCCUGCUCAGCGGCCAUCAGCAAACAGAAAGACCCCCGGUGUGGACCCUGCCAGGAGGGGGCAUGAAUGUGAUGGAGACCUAGGAGCCAGGGUCUGUGUCAGGCGUCUGCUCCACCUGCCGCUCUGCUGCAGGGCCGGGGUGGGGCAGCUUGAGCGAGUCCAGGGGAGGGGGGGCAGACGUCUCAACUAUCUGCUCAGGCCACACCAAUAAACCAAGCUCACGGCAGAUGUGUCACUGACCGCUUGCCAUCCUGACCAGCUGGGAGAGGGGAGGAGGAGGGAGGCUCCCUCCACAGGAGUGCCCUGGCCCACCACCAGCUCUGCCCAGCUCAACACCAGUAAACACUCACGGUUUAUUUACAAAGCAAAA